AUGAGACUCAAGAACGUCAAUGAGGGCUGCGAGAGAGAGCCUCGGGUGUGGCGCUACCAUCGCUGGGAUAGCUUCACAUGCGCGAAGAUGAAAGAGGGAAUAGUCGUUGGAUGCCUGCUCAAGGUGAGUGCUAUGGCGAGCGAUGACGAGGGGUUCCUCAGCGUGACGAGCAAACUCAGGGAGUUCAUGGCGCUCGGAUACCCUGCACACGUGCUCAACGGGGUUUAUUGCAAAACCCUUACCCAGACGAACCAAAAAUCCAAAAAGACAGACAAAUGUAUUGUGUCGGGCUACCGUCCAAAGGCGGGUGUAGUCGACCAAGGGACCACGAAUCUGGAUUUUCCUGUGAAGAGAGACGUAGAGAAACACAUCUUUCAAACUCGGGCGCCCGCUCCUUUAGCGGCUAGCGCCGAUCGGCUAGCGCAGCCGAGCACGAGCAGCCUGCUCGCCGACGACGGUUCGCCCGCUGCUGCGGAGCACGCAGACCUCGCAAGGCGCGCAUACACAGGUGCGCUUGCCGCCGCUCUCGCGGGAUGGGCUUAUUUCGCCGUCGCCACCGUCGCGCCGUCAGCGCCUGCCGCCCGGCUGCCGCAGCUCCUUGCCCUGGCUGCACCGAUGGGCGUGGUUUGGGCGUCGUACGACGCAAUGAUAAACGCCGCACGGAUUGGCCGGCGGCGCCUUCGCCUCCCCACCUACCGGCGACUCAACCUCGGCCUCGCAGCCUCUCACGCCUGGGCGGCGGUGGCCGUCGCCGCCGCGCCGACCUCGCCGGCUGCCGCGGCGGUUCAAGCGUCGCUUCUCGGCGGUUGUGCGCUAGUCUGCACCUACGUUUGGCUGUGGACCCUCUCCUCGCGCACUCUUUCGCGAGAGUGCCCGGCCGAUGUGGUCGGCGACUAUCCCGACGAGUGCGCCUCGCUGGACGACCCCGAGGCGUGGCCCUUCUUCCACGCAAACGAGUACGCGGCGCUCUGUCUCGCCUUCGCCGCCCUCGCUGCCCUCGCCGCCCUCGCGCCCUCGCCGCUCUGCGCCGCGCCGCUCUGCGCCGCGCCGCUCGCCGCCUGCCGCGCGAGCGCGCCCUGGCUCUGGCUCGUCGCAGUCAACCUCUUCGUCCUCAAGGACGGCGCCGAGCACGGCCGGCCGUGGAGGAGGCUCUUCCACCCCUCUUUACGAACCCUCAGGAGCCCUCCAACCUUUGCGCUCGUAGGAUGGCUGUGGAUGAAGCGCUUCUGGCGGCUCCGGCGCGGCGUCGCCCUACUGAGCGGGCUCCGGCUCGCCGCCGCCGCCGCCGCCGCCGCCGUGGGCCGCCCAGCUGGUUGGCGGGCAGCCGACGGCGUCUGCGUCGCCGUCUUCCUCGUCGCUGCCAAGGCGGUGCGGAGGACUCCCUCGCAAGGAGGGCAGCUUUUCC